AGUGUAAUAAUCUCUGCUCCAAGAAGCUACGAAGAUGGACAACACAAAACAGCAGCCGCCCAUAAUCUGGUCAGCAGAAUCACAAUGAGGUGAGCACGACAGCUAAAGAAAAAGAAGAAAGCAAAAGGCAGAGAGCGCUAUAGCUAGGCAGCUCAGCGCCCUGUCUACUCUCUCGCUUUCCCCUUCCUCUCUUCCACCCCUCACCGGCUCCCUGCCCCACCACACCGAGGGUUCCGGCAGCUUGUCAUUCACCUCGCCGCCGCCGCCGCCGACGUCGGCUCGCCGGCGCUGCCGCAGGUUCGCAAUUUGUGUCCCUCUGGGCCAAAAUCCAAGGAGAUAAACACAAAGAAAAACCAUGGCUUCUGACACGAACGAUCUCGUGUUGCUGCGCAUCAGGAGGCUAGUGCGCUGCUCGAUCAGGCUUGGGUACCGUUCUGCUUGCGACCAUCCUGGGAUGCUCCUCUCUGGCGUUCUGUUGCUGUUCCUGUAUGAGCUCUGCCCUCCUUCCGUGUUCGCGUUCCUCGUGUCGUCCUCCCCGGUCUUCGCCUUGACCGCGCUUCUCCUCGGAGUGCUCCUGAGCUAUGGUGAAAGCAGUGUGCCUUGUUGGGAUGGAGGGGAUGUGCUGGAGGAUCAUAGGAUUUUGUCUCUCAGGUCCAGCAUUUCACUUGCUGAGUGUUCCGCCAGUGCCGAGGUUGAGAAUGUCCCUUUCGAGGUUAGAUUGGAGGAGAGAAUUGAGAAUGGGAAGUACAAUGGUGAUCUAAAUGUCAGGGAGGGAUCUACCGAUGAUCGUGGGUGUGACCCUCCGUGCGAAGAGAAAAUGAUCACGCAUAUUGCUGCUGACGAUGCUGUUCUUCAUGAAGAAGAAGCAUAUGUUGAGGAGGAGAGAACUCCAAAUGGUAAAUUGCAUGGUACCACAUGUGCAGAGAAAUAUGUCUCAUUUGUGCCAGAUGAUACUGUUCUGGGUGCUGAGUCGUGUAGUAAAUAUCCCAAGAGCAAUGCCACCAUGGAAAGCGAAGAGCGCGCCGAGGAAAUCGGCGAGAAGGCUGAGCUGCAAGAGCUUGACAGAAGCUACAUUGGAACUGGUAACAACGGAGUACACAGCCAGUAUCAGAUGGGAGAACUGAUGAGAGCAUGUUGGCAGCCUGUCAUGAGGCAGGACACCCCUUGCUACGAUUCUGAGUCUGAUCUUAGUGAUGACAGUUCUUCACCUGACGCCUCAAUGACCGACAUUAUCCCACUGCUUGAGGAGCUGCACCCACUGAUAGACUUGGGGACUGGCCACCCUUCCUUGGCCUACAAAAACAACUCGCAUUCUUCAUCAGAUGACGAUGAAGAGGAGGAGGGUGUCAGUUCAGAAAAUUCAGAUGAAGAAGGAGAGGAAUGGCAGAAGGAUGAUGGAAAUGACUGGAAGGACGUUACUGGUUUAAAUUCUUUGGACAUGGAAGAAAAUAGCAAGCUAGAGAAUGUGAUGGAGCUUCGAAGAACAAAGAACAUUCUCAAGUUUGAGCUGGACAAGAAACUAAUGGACUUACAAGCUGCUGACGCAACUCGGAUGCUGAAGGAUGCAUCAAGCUUCCAUGUUCAGGUUCCUUCGAUAUCCACAUCAAGACAAAAGACAUUUGACCCUUCCAAAGAUUCAGAGGAAAUGAUAGAGUUACCCCAGAUUCCUGGUUCAGCCCCAUCCCUACUUCCACGGCGAAACCUGUUUGAUCUUCAGUUCGACCGGACCAUGGACCGUCGCAAUCGAUUCGAAGAAACUUGGACUCCUCGGUCGCGCUUUGGAUCAGCAGCACAAAACUGGAAGCGCAGGAACUCAUAUGGUCAACAGAGCUCCACUUAUCUGCAACACCACACUUCUGUCACAAUGGAGAAUGGUGAGAUCAGUGGAAAACAUUCUUGUGAUGAUGGUCACUCGGACAACGAUGCUGAGCAAGAAGGGAACACCGGCAAGUUAUUCGGCUCACUGGAAGCACAUUUGGGUGAAGAGAUGAAGAUACUAAGCGCUGCAAUUUCAGAUGUUGGUGUGUUAGGAGAGGUAAAUCAUGGAACUGACGAAGGCAGCGAAAAUGCUAGUGUCAGAGACAACACAAGUUCUUUAGCAGGAGCGAAUGAUAAUUCAGAACCAUGUGUCGUGGAAGCAAGCUCCAUGAGUGAAGUCAACUCGCUGUUCAAGUGCCGUAUGGAGGAGGUGCUGGCGCGGUCCGUUUCAGAGCCCAGUGUCGGCCAACCCUUGGAAGUUAAACCUGAAGGAGGAUUGAGUGUCUCAUUAUCUUCAGACUCCUGGAUGCAUGCUAGUGAAGCAAGUUCAGUGGAAGUCUUGAACUUUCAGUUUGCGCGAUUCGAUGAAGAAGCUGCGACUUUUGCCGCUUCUGCCUUGAAUAACCAUCCCGAUGAGUCGAUUCGAGGACGAUCUAGUGAAGCAUUGAAUGGGCAUAGGUCAGGAGUGCCCGUUGAAUUAGAUGGGUGCUGCAGAGUGCUGUUAACUGAAGGAGAUCAGAAGAUUGCAGAUAUGUCUGAAGAACGAAAUGAGCUGUUAAAUGCUGGGCUUCUUGAGGAGAUGAACUCGCCGUUCGAGCAACUCAAAGAAGACGGCCGUAGCGACAUGAGCAUGCCUCGAGAUUGUGAAUUAGAGGUGGAUCCAGUGGAGCUUAACACCGGGCUGCUGGUCAUCGAUGCCGAUACUGAUGGUGAUGCAUCCGAACAGAGGUUCCGAACUAACUGAGCUGAAGAGUUUUGCUCUGAACAGGCUGAAUCUGCUGCUGUACUACAGUACUAGAGCAACCAACUGGAGAUGUGUCUGUCAGUGUGUGUUCAAAGACAGGAUUCAGUCAUCCAUUCAGGUAGCAGCAGGCAGCUACUUGUAAGAGAAGGGUUUUGUAGAGGUUUCAAAAGGCUUUGAUUUGAGACUAGUCUCAGAAACAUUUGUACAUGGGGCCUUGUCUUUUCUUCUUCUGUUUAUAUGAUUCUUUUAUUCUGCAA